AUGUCGGCCGGCCCGGCCAUCAAGCAGCUGGUGCACGGACUGCUGCGGGAGCUGCACUCUCCUGCCAGCCGCCACGGCGUGCUGGGCAUUUACCGAGCGCACGUGAUGGACACGGCCCGACGGUUUCGGGUGACUGGCGAGGAGCACUGCCGCGCGCGGGACGAGCUGGCCCACCUGGGCGCCCUCUACCACAGCUAUCUGUCGAGCCGGCGGCGGCACCAGCUGCUGCUGCAGACCUACAAGGGCGGCGGCGAGCGCACCACGGCAGACACGGCCGCCAUGGUCGGCUUCAAACUGCCGCACGAUCCGCGCUGA